GUCAAUGGCUGCUGUCGAGAUUAAUAUAUGACGAUCAAUCAUCUACUGAGAACAAGUUGGCUGUCAGCAGUUAGUUAGCCUUCAGGGUCCUGGAUCUUCUCCCUGCAUACUUCAACUGUCUUUUCAUUAAGCUGGACCCUCCCUUCCCUGUGAGUAAAUUAUAUUUCUUGUGUGUCUGUGUGUAUAUCUGACACGGGAAAAGCAAAAAGGUUGCUUUUGCUUGAGACAUGCUAUUGCGGUGGCCUGUUGGGUCUCAUUGGAGCAAUUGACCUGUCAAUGUCAGUUGAGACUGUGCUUCUAUUCCGAACCACAACUGGGAAUGUAUUUUUAUAUUUUGCCUUAAAUGGAUAACUGGGGAGGAGCCAAAAGCAGAAUCUAAGUACUAGUCGACUGGUCUCUUUUUACUGGUUGAAGAGUAAAGCAAAGAAGUUUUAAAAAUGCAUUUCCCUUGUACUUUAAGUACGGGCAUGUAGAAAAUGUUGGUUCUUCAUGUACUUUCAAGCCAAGCCAUUAUGCCACGAAACCACUUGCAUAUCCAUAUAAAUUGAAACCAGGUGUUUUUCAUCUGGAAUUAUGCAAAUCAAUCAACUUCCUUGUACCAGACAGAAGAAGACAAAAAAUAUCAUGGACCGGAUAUUCUUCAUUUCUUUUCUUGGAUUGCUGAUUGUGGGCCAUGGAGUUGCAGGAAACAUGGUUUAUGACAACCUUGGUAUGCUUGAGGAUCUUGAAACCGUUGACAUUGAAGAAGGGCUGGAAGGUUUUGACGUACCUUCAUGGACAAGCGAACGCGGUGGCAAAGUUCUUGUGAACGUAGACAGCUUUGGCGCUGUUGGAGAUGGAGUUUCUGAUGACACUAAGGCCUUUGUGAAUGCUUGGAGCACAGUGUGCAACACAACAAAAGCAGUCUUCUUGGUCCCUCCAGGGCGCCAGUAUAAAGUUAAUGCGACGAAAUUUAAAGGACCUUGUGUCGAUAAGCUGAUCAUUCAGAUUGAUGGAACAAUAGUGGCACCUGAUGAACCUGCAAGCUGGGAUCCAAAUUAUGCAAGAUUAUGGCUACAUUUCAGUAAGGUGAAUGGAAUUAUCUUUCAAGGGAAUGGAGUCAUUGAUGGCUCUGGCAGCAAGUGGUGGGCUGCUUCUUGUAAGAAGAACAAGUCAAAUCCUUGCAAAGGGGCACCAACUGCAUUAACUAUUGAUUCGAGCAAUGGUGUGAAAGUUAAAGGGAUAACCGUCCAGAACAGCCAACAGAUGAAUUUUGUGAUUACCCGGUGUAACUCGGUCCGCAUUUCUGAUGUGAUAAUCUCGUCUCCUGGAGACAGCCCCAACACAGACGGGAUCCACAUCACUGAGUCCACUAAUGUUGUUCUCCAAGAUAGCAAAAUUGGAACAGGAGAUGAUUGUGUCUCAAUUGUCAACGGUAGCUCCAAUAUCAAAAUGAAGAGACUCUAUUGUGGACCAGGACAUGGCAUCAGCAUCGGGAGCCUUGGAAAGGACAACUCCACUGGCAUCGUCACAAAAGUUGUCCUUGAUACAGCAUUGCUCCGGGAGACAACCAAUGGCCUCAGGAUCAAGACUUGGCAGGGUGGCCAUGGUUAUGUUCGCGGGAUACGUUAUGAAAACGUGAAGAUGGAAAAUGUCGCCAACCCCAUCAUCAUUGACCAAUUCUAUUGUGAUUCACCUAAAUCCUGUGAAAACCAGACAGCAGCUGUGGAGAUAAGCCAGAUCAUGUACCGAAACAUCAGUGGAACUUCCAAGAGUCCGAAAGCCAUGAAGUUUUCAUGCAGUGACACGGUUCCUUGCAACAACAUAGUCCUGACCAACGUCAACUUAGAGGGGAAAGAUGGCACUGUAGAGACUUACUGCAACUCUGCUCAAGGCUUUGGAUAUGGCAUAGUUCAUCCUUCAAUCGACUGCCUAACCUCCCACGACAAGGACUACACUUCCACACCUGAUAUUAUUGAAGUUUCAGAAGAAACCAGCGAGGAAAUUGUUCACACAGAGCUCUGACCUUGUUUCUCAUUACACACAAAAAAAAAAAAAUCUACAGAGUCGUAUCACAUCGUAUAUUGCAAUUUGUAACGUACCAUAGUUCAUACCUAAGAUUGGUAAUCAGGAUAUAGGGUUUUCACUAUUAGCUGAUUUCUUGGGAGGUUUUCUUUUCCUAUUUUUUCAUAUAUGUUAGCGUGAUACAUGUUUGUUGCUGCAGCUAAUAAUGCAGCAAUGAGAUGGCAAAUAGCCAAAUUAUACACACUUUUAUAUAUUUUAUCUUCUGGGUUGUUGACAGAAGACACUGUAAGCUCUGUAAAUUGAGAAUCAAUCAAGCAACGAGGGUUCUUGAUAGAAGCUGGGGGUUCUUUUAUCCUUUAGAAGAGAUACAGACAAGUAGAACAUGGGUUUUGCUUUGGCUUACAGCAGAUAACAGGGACUGCAUAUAUAUAUAAUGCUCGAGAAGCAGGGUUCAGUUAUAUUAAAGCAAUACAAUUUGU